CCCGGAAGCGCAGCCGGGACCCCUCUGCAGCCAUGUAGGGCCCGCGGCCGCCGCCAUGGACGGCAGCGGCGCCGCGACUGCGGCGGGGCCGAGCCUGCCCAACCUCACCCCGCGGCACCGGCAGCUCAUCCCCACGCCCUGCGGCCCCAUAAAACCAUGCUCAGAGCUCUCAUUCCCUGUGAAGAUCUACUUCUGUGUCACUAUUUUGUCCCUGCUGAGUGUCAUAGGGCUGACCAUCGAGACUCUGGUGCGCCAGGCUGAGGAGGAUUUCACCAUUUCCUUUAUUCAGCUGGUUGGAGCUGUGUUCUGUGUGUACUAUGUGAGCAGGGGCAUCCUGCAGGAGAACCGCCAGGAGCUCGUGGUGUUCGUGCUCUCCAUCCUGCUGCUGAUGCUGCGCUCCAUCAUCAACUUCACCCUGCUCCCUGCUGGCCAGAAACAGCAGCUCCUGGCCCGUUUUGUGCUGAUCCUGCUGGUGGGCUCCUUCGAUGUGCUCUGUGCCCUGCUCCUCAUGCAGAGCCAGUCCAUGAUGGCGUUCCGGGUGGGGGGAGCCCUGGAGAGCCUCCAGGCCCAGUACUUCAUGCUCAACCUCUGCUUCUCCAUGCUCACUUUUGAUCUGCAGGCACAGCUGUGCCUGUGCAUCCUCCUGCUCAGCCUGCACGAGGUCUCCCUGCUGCACAACAUCAUCUCAGCCUCGGGCAUCGUCUGGGGCUGCCUCAAGGUCACCGUGGGCGUCACCGCAAUUUUAAAAGAGCUGAAACCCCUGGUGUGGGUUUUCCUGGUGCAGAACGUGCCUGAGGUGGUUUAUCUCAUCUACCUGCUCUACACGUGUUCUCCUCCUAUGGAAGGAUCGACUCCUGAGCCUCCCUGUGCAGCUCCCACAGAGUGGAGCCACCCCAGGAGCUGCUGCCCCAGGAGCUGCACUCGGGGUGGCCACAAAGUGUCCCAGCAUGGAGGGCAGGAAGGUGUCACACGGUUCUUGGAGCACUAAAGUGUCCCAGGAUGGAGGGCAGGAAGGUGUCACACAUUUCAUGGAGCACUAAAGUGUCCCAGGAUGGAGGGCAGGAAGGUGUCACACCUGUCUUGGAGCACUAAAGUGUCCCAGCAUGGAGGGCAGGAAGGUGUCACACAUUUCUUGGAGCACUAAAGUGUCCCAGGAUGGAGGGUAGGAAGGUGUCACACAUUUCAUGGAGCACUAAAGUGUCCCAGCAUGGAGGGCAGGAAGGUGUCCCACAUUUCUUGGGGCACUAAAGUGUCCCAGGAUGGAGGGCAGGAAGGUGUCACACAUUUCUUGGGGCACUAAAGUGUCCCAGGAUGGAGGGCAGGAAGGUGUCACACAUUUCAUGGAGCACUAAAGUGUCCCAGGAUGGAGGGCAGGAAGGUGUCACACAUUUCAUGGAGCAGGGCAGGUGGGACAGAGCUUAAAAAGCAAAACCUGUUUGGGAAAUUCCCAGCUGGGACCAAGCACCUUUCACUCCUUUCCCUGCAGUUUGGAAGCCCAGGGGUCACACACCUGUGUGUGAGUGGGGAAUGCUGCUCCUUUAGUGCUUUCUGCCUGCACAGACACAAACAUGAAGGAAAUCUGCACACCCACCUUGUGUAGCUGGGUUCAGAAGGGGAUUGUGCUGCCCAGCCUGGCUCUCCUGCAGAGCAGCUCCAGCCCUGCUGGUCUGGUGACAGUGGUGUCCCCUCUCUAAGGCUGCUUUUCCUCCUCUGCCUUCAGAAUAUUUCCAUUAUUUUUGGUUUUUGUUAACCCCAGCUUCACAUGGAAAAUACUCCCUGUAAGCUCACCCCUCCCUCAGUGUAACCAAGGUGCCAUUUCAUACCAGGGGGACUGUUACAAUUAAGCCUUUGAUAUUGUAAUUUAAAAGUUUGGUAUUUUAUUGACUGGAACCUUUAACUACUGGCUAUUUUGUAAUAAAGCAUAAGCACAGUU